AUGAAACGACAAUUAGUACUUUAUGCGGUUAUGCCUUUUGUCUGCUGGUGUGAGAUAGGAAAGGAAACAACUAGUCGUCUUAUGACUAAUAGGCUGGGCCAGCUUAGUAGCAUGCUUAAUUCUAUUUUAGAUGGGGACAUAGCCCAGGAAAGAGCAAUUCUUACAAGCACAUUAAAGGGGUUAUCUCACCGAUAUUCAUCUAGUAAAGAGCUAGUAAAAAAAACUGAAAAAACACCUGAAAUAAAAAAAACAAGAAGAAAGAAGAUUGAGGAACCUGAGUCAGAGUACAGCACAACAGAAAGAAUAUCAAGGACAAGGAAAAUAAAGUCAAAAGCAAUAGAUGAAGAUCUAGUAUCCGAUAAAGUGCCAGAGGAUGAUAGAUCAUUGGAUUUUGAAGACAGCACAUAUAUACCCAGAAAAUCUAGUGCAAGCUCUCGGAGGAAAGCACAUGAGUCUUUACGAAGCACAAAUACAGAUUAUGAGGAGUCUUCAGUUGAAAAACGGCCCAAAUCCAGCAGGCAUAGUAUAUACGAUGAUGAAUACAGCCAGGAGUAUAAAUAAUAUGAUGUUACCGGUAUUUUCUAGCUAAAGAAU